AUGGAGGACAAACAUGAGGAAGUUGAGGACAUUGAGAGUGCUUUAAGUGAUUCAUUUAUUGAUGAUGAUUCUGAUAAUGAUGAUAAUGUGCCAUCUACAUCCGGACAAGAUGAUGGAACCCGUGUUCAGGAAACUUUGACCGACCAAGAAGUAGAGGAGUUGGUUGCUGAGUUCCUGGAAGUUGAGAGUAAGGCUGCAGAGGCGCAAGAAGCACUGGAAAAGGAGUCUGUUGCAAAAGUAGAGAGUGAUGUGAGAGAGGAGUUGGCACAAAGUCUUCAGGGUGAUGAUCUGGAGGCAGCUGUCGAAGAUGAGAUGGCUACUUUCAGGGAAGAGUGGGAAAGUGUGCUCGAUGAGCUCGAGACUGAGAGUUAUCAUUUGUUGGCAGGUCUGAAUCUGUUGCUUGGUGAUGAGAUGGGAUGUGAAGACAGAUAUGGUUUUAAGAACAGUACAUUCAGGGUUGUAGGGAUGAAGGAGGAGGAGGACAAAAGAUUCGAUUUUGCAAAGGAAAGUGAAGUGGUGCUAGAAUCUAAAGGAAAUGAAGCUGAACAACUUGAUGGGACUGGUAUUGAGCUGCCAAGCCUUUAUAAGUGGAUUGAAAGCCAGGCUCCAAAUGGUUGCUGCACUGAAGCUUGGAAAAGAAGGGCACACUGGGUGGGAUCUCAGGUGACCAAAGAAACUACCGAUUCAGUAGCCGAUGCUGAGAAAUAUCUUCAAACCCAUAGGCCUGUUAGAAGACGACAUGGUAAAUUAUUGGAGGAAGGUGCAAGUGGAUUUCUGCAGAAAACACUUCCAGUGGAUGGAAGCAAGGCAAUUGCAGAAAAUGCAGAUGUAGACUGGGCCUCCUUGACGAAACUAUUCUCAACUAGCAGUUCUGAGGAUGCUGCUUCGUUUGGUAGCAAGCAUUGGGCUUCUGUUUACCUGGCCAACACUCCCCAGGAAGCUGCACUUUUGGGACUUAAAUUUCCCGGAGUCGAUGAGUCAGGAUUGGCUGGACUUUUGUUUUGUGGUCUUGCUCUCUCUGCUACAGUUGGCCUUCUUUUGUCCAUCAUGCUAAAGUUCAAACUCGACAAUGUUCUCUUUGAUAGAAACUUAAUGGUUUUGAUAGUUAACUUAUUUCAGGUCGAGGAGAUUGAAGACAUUGAUGGGAAUUCCACUGAUCCAUUUGUUGCACAGGCCAUAGCAAAUGAAAAGGAACUAGUUCUUUCAGAGGAACAAAGAAAGAAUUAUAGGAAGGUCAAAGAGGAAGAUGAUGCAAAAAUUGAUCAGAAGCUUCAACUUCGUUUAAAACAAAGGAGGCAUCGUAAUAGAUGUAAACAGGGCCAGGAAAUGGGAAGGAACUUGGAUGAAUCACUGCCUCUGGAUGACAAUUCCAAUGAGGUCAUACGCCAAGAUCUGAAGAAAGACAUGUGUGAAAAUUCUGAAUUUUUGGUAGACCUCGAGAUGGAACAGUCAAUGGGUAAGAGCAAUUCAGUCUUCUCAGAAUCUGACGUCACUGAAACCAGAAGGUCCAAGCGUCCAAACGAGAGUGAGGACCUAAGCAUUAAUAGUAAGAAGAUUCGGACUGUUAUCAUAGACAGUGACGAUGAAGCAGACGGUUUGGAAGAUAAGUCAGUACACAGCAAUAAAGUUGAAGAUCAAUCAACUUUGCAAGAAAACACUGGGGACCCUACUGCUGAUUGCAAUCCUUCGCAGGGUUCAAAUGAGAAGUUUCAGUGCACUGCCUGUGAUAAAGUCACUGUUGAAGUGCACUCACAUCCACUUCUAAAAGUAAUUGUUUGCAAAGACUGUAAAUUCUUAAUGGAGGAAAAGAUGCAUGUGAAGAUAUGCAUGAUCCUGACUGUUCAGUGUGUUACUGUGGAUGGUGUGGGCGAAACAGUGACUUGUCUGCUACAAAGAUUUACAUUACAGUUAGAAAAAGCCAUGGGUUCUGGAGAUACGAUGGUUAUGAGCUCUGAUAGUGAUUCAGAGUCUUCAGAUACAGAUGGUGGUGUUACAAUCAGCAGCUCUAAGAGAAAGAAGAAAAAGAAGAUUAGAAGGAUCAUUGAUGAUGCUGAAUUAGGAGAAGAGACCAAGAGAAAAAUUGCUAUUGAAAAGGAACGUCAAGAACGCUUGAAAUCCCUGAAAGUGCAGUUUUCUGACAAGUCCAAGAUGAUGAAUUCUGCAAGCUGCAGUGGAAACUUACCUGAAGGUGCUAGUGUUGAAGUGCUUGGUGACACCACAACAGGUUAUAUUGUGAAUGUCGUGAGGGAAAAAGGUGAAGAAGCUGUGAGGAUUCUUCCAAGCAUAUCGUCUAAAUUGAAAACCCAUCAGGUGACAGGGAUAAGAUUUCUGUGGGAAAAUAUUAUACAGUCAAUUGGAAAAGUGAAGUCUGGGGAUAAAGGUCUUGGUUGCAUUUUAGCACAUACAAUGGGCCUUGGUAAAACUUUUCAGGUCAUAGCUUUUCUGUACACUGCCAUGAGAGGUGUUGAUCUGGGUUUAAGAACAGUGCUCAUCGUGACUCCUGUGAAUGUGCUGCAUAACUGGCGCAAGGAGUUCAUGAAGUGGACGCCUUCAGAAGUGAAACCUCUCCGUGUUUUCAUGCUGGAGGAUGUGUCGAGGGAGAGAAGAGCAGAAUUGCUUGCAAAGUGGAGAGCUAAAGGCGGUGUUUUCUUGAUUGGCUACUCUGCCUUUCGGAACUUAUCCCUUGGAAAGAAUGUGAAGGAACGAAACAUGGCUAGAGAAGUUUGUAAUGCCUUGCAGGAUGGACCGGAUAUACUUGUUUGUGAUGAAGCCCACAUGAUAAAAAACACCAGGGCUGAUACAACCCAAGCACUGAAACUUGUGAAAUGCCAGAGAAGGAUAGCAUUAACUGGAUCACCCCUUCAGAACAAUCUAAUGGACUUCCAAAAUCCUAUAGAAAAUGGACAGCAUACUAAUUCAACGGUUGAUGAUGUAAAGAUUAUGAACCAAAGAUCUCAUAUUCUCUAUGAACAAUUGAAAGGGUUUGUUCAAAGAAUGGACAUGAGUGUGGCAAAGAAAGACUUGCCUCCUAAAACUGUAUUUGUAGUGGCUGUAAAGCUCUCUCCAUUACAGAGGAAAUUGUACAAGAGAUUCCUUGACGUGCAUGGGUUCACAAAUGGCAUUCUCUCAAAUGAAAAGAUGAAGACGAGCUUUUUUGCUGGUUAUCAGGCAUUGGCUCAGAUAUGGAACCAUCCUGGAAUUUUGCAAUUGAGGAAAGGUAGAGAUUAUGUUGGCCGCGAGGACAAUGUUGAGAAUUUUCUUGCAGAUGACUGCUCUAGUGAUGAAAAUGUAGAUCACAAUACCAUCUUUGGAGAGAAGUCAAGGAAUCCGAAUGAUUUUGUUCAAGGAAAAAGUGAUGACAGAUUUUUUCAAAAGGAUUGGUGGAAUGGUCUUCUGCAUGAAAAUAAUUAUAAAGAGCUUGAUUACAGCGGUAAAAUGGUAUUGCUGAUCGACAUUUUAGUCAUGUCUUCCGAUGUGGGUGAUAAGACAUUGGUUUUUAGCCAGAGCAUACCCACUUUAGAUCUCAUAGAGCUUUAUCUUUCAAGAUUAUCUCGACAUGGAAAAAAGGGAAAGUGCUGGAGAAAAGGAAAAGACUGGUAUAGGCUAGAUGGAAGAACAGAGAGCUCUGAAAGGCAAAGGUUGGUUGAGAGAUUCAAUGAUCCUGAGAAUAAGCGGGUUAAAUGCACUUUGAUUUCUACCAGGGCUGGUUCUCUUGGGAUUAAUCUCUAUGCUGCUAACCGGGUGGUUAUUGUUGACGGUUCUUGGAAUCCAACAUAUGAUCUUCAAGCCAUAUAUCGGGCUUGGCGGUAUGGGCAGACUAAGCCGGUUUUUGCUUACAGAUUAAUGGCACAUGGAACCAUGGAAGAGAAAAUCUAUAAGCGUCAGGUGACAAAGGAGGGGCUUGCUGCAAGGGUGGUUGAUAGACAACAAGUUUAUAGGACUAUCUCCAGAGAAGAAAUGUUGCAUCUUUUUGAAUUCGGUGAUGAUGAGAACUCUGACACACUGAAUGACAUUGGCCAAGAGUAUAGACAUGCAGAUACCAGGAAUAUUACUUGCCAAACUGCAAAUUCAUUGAAACAGAAUGUGCCUCAUUCUCAUGGAAGCUGCACUUCUGAUAAGUUGAUGGAAAGCUUGCUUGGCAAGCACCGUCAGAGGUGGAUUUUUGAUUACCAUGAACAUGAGACUCUUUUGCAAGAGAAUGAAGAGGAAAAACUAACAAAGGAGGAGCAAGACAUGGCUUGGGAAGUAUAUAAGAGAUCAUUAGAAUGGGAAGAAGUGCAGCGAGUUUCCCUUGAUGAUUCCGUGUCGAAUGGGACAUCUUCUGCCCCAGAUGCAAGCAGCUUACCUGUGCCAAGCAUGGCCCCUCCUGCACCUGAGACUUCCAAUGUAGCACCUUCCAAGAGCCUUUUAAGGAGUCGUGUGGUGCAGCGGAAAUGCACUAAUCUCUCUCAUUUGCUGACCCUUAGAAGUCAGGGUACAAAAACUGGGUGCAGUACUAUAUGUGGGGAAUGUGCUCAGGAGAUAAGCUGGGAGGAUCUGAACCGGGAGGGUAAGGCAGCUCGGUAA